AGCAGUAGAUAUACCCCAAUAAAAUUCGCAUAUAAUUCCUCGAUCUCGUGGUUUUUAACUUGGGUCGUGCUUGAUAAUAAAAUAUACGUGUGAAAGUUGCGAAAAAGUGGAGAGAGAGUUCCCUGGUUAUUGAUGGUUAGAAGGUGUUUAUCAAAAGCGGAAGGAGUUCGUUAUGAAUGACGUAUAGUGUCUUAAAGCGCGAGUAUCGUGGUGGAUUAUGUUUAAUACUUCGACGCAACUAUCUCCGUCGAUCAAGGGUCGGGAAGAUCCGGGGAAUUGAUUCAGUGCACAGGAAAGAAAAAAAACAUUUGACAACAUGACGGAGGACAUGUUGGGAGCGGAUAUUUGCAGGGUUUGCAGAUCCGAGGGUUUACCGGAUAGACCGCUGUUUCAUCCCUGCAUUUGUACAGGGAGUAUCAAAUGGAUUCAUCAAGAGUGUCUUGUCCAAUGGAUGCGAUAUUCUAGAAAGGAAUAUUGCGAACUUUGCGGCUAUCGUUUCUCUUUCACUCCUAUUUACAGCCCUGAUAUGCCAAGACGCUUGCCUCUUCGAGAUGUCAUUGGAGGUUUAUUUUCCAGCGUGGUCACAGCCGUUAAAUAUUGGCUACAUUAUACUCUCGUUGCUCUGGCUUGGCUCGGCGUUGUUCCACUCACUGCCUGCCGUACUUACAGAGCUUUAUUCAGCGGCUCGUUAGACCUUGUUCGGAUCAUGUCUCUACCAAUGGACAUGUUAUCAACGGAAAACGUUUCCUCUGACGUAUUUCAUGGUUGUUUCGUCGUGACUUGCACACUGGUGGCUUUUAUCGGUCUGGUAUGGUUACGAGAGCAAAUAUUACAUGCUGGAGGUCCAGAUUGGCUGGAGCGAGACAACAACGUUCAGCUACCACCGGUAGAUAACCCAUUGAUGCAAGCAGACCCUCAGCCUCAGCAGUUGCAGGAACAAAACGCAGAACAACCGAACGUGCAGGACAAUAACAACGUACCGCCUUUUGCGAAUGAGCCCCAGGCUGUUUGGCACGAUGAGGCCGCAGGUGAAGGAGCCGAUGUUGCCAAUAUCCCAGAGCAGAAUCCUCCAUAUCGUGAAAUUGGUGACAAUGAAGCGAUUCACCAACAAGCAGGCAACGGGUACGCGGACGGUGGAAUAGGCCAAGGUGAAAUAGCAGCUCCGGUCAGAGACGAACCAGGAAUAGACGGAGCGCAACAGGAAAUGGGUGGAGGUGACGAGUGGAGAGGGCAGGUUCAAGAUCAAGCCCAAGUACAAGGAGGCCAGGGUCAAGGUCAGGGUGAAGCCGAAGAGGCAAAUUGGAACCCUAUGGAAUGGGACAGACCUGCUGAAGAACUGACGUGGGAACGAUUGCUCGGGCUCGACGGAUCUCUCGUCUUCCUCGAGCACGUAUUUUGGGUUAUUUCUCUCAACACCUUGUUUAUCAUGGUCUUUGCCUUUUGUCCCUACCACAUUGGACAUUUCGCGAUAGCGGGUCUGGGACUACAAGAGCAAGCAGCAGCUUCACACUUCGAGGGCCUUGUCACGACUUUAUGCGGUUACUGGGUAAUUGGACUGUGUCUCGUCGGUCUUCAUACCUUAGCAGCACUUUUUGGCUUCCAACGCUCCCAGAGGAUACUUGGGCUGUGUUACGUCGUUGUUAAAGUAUCGCUACUCUCAGUGGUUGAAAUCGGUGUACUGCCACUGGUUUGUGGCUGGUGGUUAGACAUUUGUUCUCUGGCGAUGUUCGACGCUACUCUAAAGGAUCGAGAAACAUCCUUCAGAAUUGCCCCAGGCACUUCCAUGUUUAUCCAUUGGCUCGUCGGAAUGGUCUACAUAUACUAUUUCGCUUCCUUUAUUCUUUUACUUCGCGAAGUUUUGAGACCCGGAGUACUGUGGUUUUUGCGAAAUUUGAACGAUCCUGACUUUUCGCCUAUUCAAGAAAUGAUCCAUCUACCAAUACUGAGACACGCGAGACGACUCGUUGCAUCGGCUGUAAUAUUCGGCACAGCUGUACUACUCAUGCUUUGGCUACCGAUUAGACUUUUGAGGUGGGCUUGGCCGGGUUUCUUGCCUUAUACCAUCACUGUACAGACCGAGGCACAAGUCAGCGAAUUGUCACUCGAACUCCUACUUCUACAAGUAAUUUUACCUGCGCUACUUGAACAAUCCCACACGAGAACGUGGCUCAAGGCUCUCAUCAGAGGCUGGUGUCAAAUUGUCGCAUGGCUCUUAGACCUGCAAUCCUAUUUACUCCGGGACGAUCGAGCUGAACUGGGUCAAGCACUCGUCGAAGAACCUCAGCAUGCUGACUUUGAAGAUCUCCAUCAACCUAUGAUGCAUCGAGAAGGACCUACCGGAUUUCAACCGUACACAAGAUCACGCUGGUUCCCCGCACGACUGGUUGGACUUAUGGUUUGCGUUUGCAUCUCGCUAAUCUUUGCUAGCUUGAUAGCCAUGACCUUACCGGUUUGGCUUGGACGAAGAGUCAUGGCCCUGUGGAUGGUCGGUGCACCAGCCCCGUCGCCACCUGUGUUACCUCCCAUAUUCCACGUUGAUGGUACCGGAAGCGAUUUGACGGUAUUUGCCGGAAGAGUCCACGAGAUAUACACGAUAGCCUGUGGAACAUACGUCUGUUGGGCAGCUGCAAGAGGACUGGCGCUGGCCUUUUCGUGGGUACCUCGUGGUCGCCGUGCUAUUCUAGACAGAAUAAAGCAUUGGGCUAUUCUCGGAAUGAAAGCAUCGGUAGCGUUUGUCCUCCUGAUCGGCGUGAUACCACUAUUGUUCGGACGAUUGCUCGAGCUCGUUGUGGUUGUGCCGUUACGAGUGCCACUGGAACAAAAUCCAAUAUUGUUUAUUUGGCAAGAUUGGGCAUUGGGCGUUUUGUACACGAAAAUAGCAACGGCCGUAACGAUGAUGGGACCCGAAUGGAAAUUAAAGAUCGUUAUCGAAAGGGUUUACAACGACGGCAUAAGAGAAAUGGAUCUCAAGUUUAUAAUAACCGAACUUGCGGCACCUGUCAUAUGUUGCCUUGGUCUCGCACUAGCAGUACCUUACGCUGUCGCACACAGUAUCGUGCCGUUGCUCGUAACCAACCUACAACUCCAGAUUCUCAUCGCUCGACGUCUUUACCCAUUCCUUCUUUUAGUCAGCGGGGUCUGCGUAGUUAUAAGUUUUGAAAUGCGACAAUUUCGUAAACUCUAUGAACACAUUAAAAACGACAAGUAUCUUGUUGGACAGCGUUUAGUUAAUUAUGAACAUCGCAACAAAACGCAACAGUCGCCACAACAACAACAACAACAACAAUCAUAGAGAUAAAUUAAUUUACCAUAAUCUAUCUCUUUCUCUUUCUCUCUCUGCCCCUCUCCCUCUCUCUUCGAGCUAAAAGUUUCACGUUGUGUAUGCCUGUGUGUACGUUUAUAUAUUAUAUACAUACACACACGUACAUUAACUAAGUGCAAGGAGACUUAGGCUUAGCUUCGUGUACAUUCUUAUUCUUAAACGAAAACACUUGCUCGAAAUAAUAACCUUUUAAUAACUUAAGUUACCUAUGAUUCAACUUUUAAUAUUCUAAUAUAUUUAUGUAAGCGGUAAUGAAUAAAUCAGAAAGACUGUUUGUUUUCCAA